AUGUCAGAAGACCUUAGCGCCCCUCCUAAAAGCGAAAAUAUAUUGGGGAAAAUCUUCCACAAGAAACAUGACACCCUGUCAUCGGAAACUGCCCGAUCUCAACAACCACAGACAGAUAAUCCUCAAGAACAACGAGAAUCAAAAAAAUUAGACCAGCAAAAAGAUAGUGACGAGGCUCAAAUGAGUUAUAAAUUAUCAUAUACCGUAGGGGUUUCAGAGAACAAAAACUCAAAGUACAGAUUAACUAUGGAAGACGUUCACACUUAUGUCGCCAACUUUGUCGAAAGAUUGGAUUGGGGCUAUUUCGCAGUGUUUGAUGGUCAUGCUGGGAAAAGUAGUGCCAAAUGGUGCGGCCAAAACUUACACUUGUUGUUGGAGAAAGAAUUGCUCAGUAAUGAACAAAAACAACAGCAGAGAGCCAAGUGGAAAUCAAGAGACGGUAUGACACAAGAAGACGCAAUAACCACUGUCGAUAGUACACAGGGAUUCACCGACCAAGAAACCGAAGAAUAUGAUAAAGACGUUAGAGAUUGUUUGGACAGUUGUUUCCAACAAGCUGAUAAGUUGAUUUCACAAUCCACAAAUAAUAUAGGUACAAGCGGGUGUACUGCCGCGGUGGCGAUAAUGCGCUGGGAAUUAGAUGACGAAUACCAAGAUAAGGUGCACUCUGCCACGACAAAUAAUUAUAAAAGCAAGGACUAUCUUCCAGAAGAUGUUGAUCCUGACAAAGAAUCCAAAAGCAACGCCAGUGAUGGCAUCAACCGGAAAUCGUUCAUCAAUCAAAACGUCAAGGAAAUGCAAGAGUUGUUUGACUUUUUACCGUCUGCCAACCAUAAGCGGAUGUUGUACACCGCCAAUGUCGGUGAUUCCAGACUCGUACUAUGCCGAUCUGGUUAUGCUAUUCGAUUAUCUUAUGACCAUAAGGGCAGUGAUGUCAAUGAAGGAAAUAGAAUCAUCCAGGCGGGUGGUCUCAUAAUGAAGAAUCGGGUGAACGGGGUGCUUGCAAUUACCAGAUCAUUAGGUGACACAUAUUUAAAAAACCUUAUUAUCGGUAGACCUUACACCACCGCCAUUGAAAUUAAUGAACAUGAUGAAUUUUUGAUUUUGGCUUGUGAUGGGUUGUGGGAUGUUUUAUCAGAUCAAGAAGCCGUGGACUUGAUCCGAGAAGAACCCGAUCCAAAUAAACAAUCAAAGAUUUUGGUAGACCAUGCAAUGAAGAAUUUAAGCACCGAUAAUAUAACGGUGAUGGUUAUACGAUUUGAUAAAAAAAUAUUUACAAAGUAA